GCAGGUUUGGGAGACGCUGGUGCAGUUUGCGGAUCAUUCGCAGAGCAUGAAGCGAUAAAGACAGUAAAAGAUGAAAUGUGUCAGUUCUAGUGUGUUAAUCUUGGUCCUCUGUAUUGGACCCAUCACAAGUCAGACAAAAACAACUUGGGUACCAUGGACAACACCGUUCUCCUUUACUACACUAGCACCAUCAACACCAGGAUGGCCCAGCUCUGCCAAUCCUUCAACAGCAAGUCAAACUAGUGCCAAACCACCUACAACACCAGGAUGGCCAAGCUCAAUCAAGCCUUCCACAGCAGUUCAAACAAGUACGAAUGGUCAGCCUACAACAAAGGAACCCAUAACAACAGGUGAUGAAAUUGUGUCUAGUACAAUGGAACCCUCAACAAAUUAUCCUUCGACAACAUAUGAAAAAGGUACACCUAGUACAAAAGUAGCCACAAUAAUACCACCUAUUACAGUGGUCAAUACAAGAGCAAGUCAGGGAAGCUCAUUCGCCACAAUAAUAAGAGAAGGUUUCACAACACCAGUCAAUGGACAACCUAGUACAGUGGUCCCUACAAGAGCAAGUCGGGGAAGCUCAUUCGCCACAAUAA